AUGGCCUCCAAAAAAGCUCGCCGUAACAACAAUCACUCCAACAACCACAACCACACCGACUACGAGUCUGACACAGCGUACAUCUCGGACAUGCCAACACAGCCCGCGCCCAAGUUGCGGUCCAAUGAAGAGCUCAACCUCUCGGUUCUGCGCCGCCACAACCCCUCGAUUACCAACGUCCUCUCGCUCGCGAACUAUGCCGUGAUCUAUAUCUUUAGCCCCAGCACGCGCUCCUGGGAGAAAACGGGAAUCGAGGGCUCAUUGUUCGUGUGCGCGCUGGAACCCGGCAGUCUUGGCGAAGAAAGAUACUCAGCUUUCGUGCUGAACCGCCGCGGGCUCGAAAACUUCGACCUGCAGCUCUUAGACCGCGAGAACGUGGAACUGACCGAGGAAUAUGUCAUCCUGAAAGACGACGACAGUGCGAACCAAGGGAGUACGCCAGCAAACCCAGGCAGCACUCGCAUCUACGGUAUCUGGAUUUACUCGGAGCCGCCGCCCAACUCCACCGCCGAAAUGCGUACCAUCAACGCCAACCUCAUUCUCGAAUGCGCCACCCGCGCGGGAGAAAGUGCGAAGCUCGCAAAGCAACAUGCCGAAGCUAUGGGCCAGUCGAGUCUGCAUUCUGCGGCCACCGCUGCAGAUACACAAGCGCCACCGGAAGAGGUGCAAUCGAGCGUUCCGAUGGGUCGAACGAUAUCAUUGAAGGAUCUUUUCGGGCAGCAGCGGGCUCAGGAUGAUGGGUUUACCGUGCACGCGCACAAUGAACCCCCACAGCAGCCACCACCUCCGCCCCAACCGCAUAUCCAGCCCCAGGUGCAACAUCAACAGGGCUCAGACGUGCUCGGCGAUUUAUUCCGCCGCGCAGGCCUCUUCCCUGGACAGCAGCAGUAA